UACUUCUCUACUCUUGUUCAGUUCCCUUUUUGUAUUAAACGCCAUGAUCAUGGAGUAGAGAUGUGUUGAAUGGAAAAUUUUCUUUUGCUAUUUGAUUAACUGUUUACAUAAUUUAUUGCUGAUUGGAGGAUUAAAUUCACUGUAAACUUAAAGAUGUGGCACGAAGCGAGAAAACAAGAAAAGAAGAUUCGAGGGAUGAUGGUUGAUUAUAAAAGAAGAGCUGAAAGGAGGCGAGAAUAUUAUGAAAAAAUUAAACAAGAUCCAGCCCAGUUUCUUCAAGUUCAUGGAAGACCUGCCAAAAUUCAUCUUGAUCCAGCUGUUGCAUUAGCUGCUGAUAGUCCGGCUACAAUGAUGCCAUGGCAAGGACAUCAAGACAAUCUGAUUGAUAGAUUUGAUGUUCGAGCUCAUUUAGAUAUUAUUCCUGAAUAUGUACCUGAAUCUGAACCCCAAAAACUGUCUGGAGAAGAACUUUAUGAAGAUAGAAAAGCAUGUUAUGAGAGGUAUCGAACCCUAGUUCAGAACGAUUUUUUAGGUGUUAAUGAAGAUAAGUUUCUUCAUCAAAUAUUUGUUGAAGAAAGAUAUGGCAUUUUUAAACCAGGACUUGAAGAAGAGAAAAAAAAGUUUCUUGACAAAAAAGCAGCCAUUGGUUAUGUGUAUGAAGAUAGUACUGAUUCUCCUCCGCAUCCAAAUAAUGCUCAAAAAUUGGAUGCAGACGAUGAUGAUGAUGAAAAUGAUGAGGAAAAAGAGGAGGAUUUUAGUGAUAUUGAUCUAGAUGUGACUGUCGAUGUGAAUGUGUUAACCCCAUCACAGUGCGCUGAAAUGAAUGCACAGUCCAUCAAAUAUGGGAUGGUAGAUGAUGAUUUUAUAACAUACCUGCUUCAUGAUAAAGAAGAAGCUGAACAGUUAAAACUUGCAAGAGAAAUUGAAGAAGAAAAAGCAAUGUAUUCGGGCAGGAAAUCUAGGCGAGAAAGACGUGCAUUGAGAGAAAAAAAACUAGCGGGCAGAAAAAUAACCAGUCCUCCUAGCUAUGCAGCUCGAGAUAGUCCAACGUAUGCACCAAUGAGGCAUUCGACAUCAAAAUCACGUUCUCGCUCCCCUCCAGAUGCCGGUAAAAUUAUGUUUAUAACAAGUUUUGGUGAUGAUUGUUUUGAGGGAGAACAUUUAAAUAAGCUUGGAGAAAAAGGCACAUUAGUUUCUAAGCAAGGCAAAAGUUCUAGAUCUAAAGAAAGUUCAGGAUCUCUUAUAGGACCACAGUUACCAUCAAAAAAUGGAAAUGAAGAAAAGCAUGUUUCAGAUUCUCGUGUUUCUAGAAAUAGUUCUUAUUCUGAUUCGUCUAGAUCAUCAGGCUUUCCUAAAAAAAAGCAUGGAAGAGAUCAUAAGCAUUAUUCUGGCAGAAGAUCUAGGCAUGAUUCGAAUUCAUCUUCUGGUAGAUCAUCAUCAUCAUCUAGGAAGGUAGAUAAAAAAGCAAAGAAAAAACAUUCUCAUAGGAGCAGUUCUCGGUCUAGAUCACGCUCCUUAUCAACUUCAAGGUCAAGAUCUCGGUCACACCUGCGCUCUCGUCGUACAAAAACUCGAUCCAGGUCGAGGUCGAGGUCAAGAUCGAGGUCAAGUGCAAAAGCAGGUGCUGAAAAGUCAGAAUCCCCUCAGUUACCUCCACCUCCUAUAAAAUCAUAUUAUCGGCAUAGUCUUUCUAGGUCUAACAGUGAUAUUUCAGAAGAGAGUGAAGAUGAGAAGCCAGCUGCUCGUAGUCCGGUGGUAACCAAUAUAGCCAAUGUUUCUCGGUUGCUACCGUUAACGGGUAAAGCCAGUCCCGCUACCAAACAGACAAAGUUGACACCUCAAGAACGCCUUAAACGUAAAAUGCAACUGGCAUUGAAGAAACAAUAUAAAGCUGAUAAAAAAGCCCAAAUGGAAAAAACAGAGAAACAGAUGCAAGAAAGACAGGAUCGAGCUGAGGAACUCCGAGAGAUGGCCAUCAAAUUGCGACAAAGAGAAAGGGAAAGAAGGCAUAAAAUGCGUGGGUUUGGUUAUGAUUCUGAUAGUGAUACAACAUGGACUAGAAACCCAGACUUUAAUCCACGUGCUCCUGAAAGCCAUCAUGUACCUAGGAAAAAAGACCCUCCAUCGAGUAGAAGUAAUAGCAGUUAUGACAGUAGUCGAGAACGAAGUCCCCCACCACCUUCUACUAGUCGUAGACGGAGUCGAACAAAAUCUCCUCCUAUCCGAACUUCACGUAGGAGCCCUGCAGAGGAAAGGAGAUGUUCAUCACCACCUUAUAAAUCAUACAGAAGAAGUCCUCGGCGAAGCCCAAGGAGAAGCCCUCAACGCAGUUAUUGUCGAAGCCCAGGACACAAUUCAUAUGGCAGUAGAGAAGCAAGAUAUAAUUCUCCUCGUAGACGUUCAAGGUCAAGGAGUCCUAGCCGUAGAUAUUCUUCUUCAAGACAGUAUAGAAGAGGCAAUUAUUCACCUUCAAGAUCAAAGUCUCCUUCAAGAUCUUAUGCAACUAGGCCUUUAGUUGAUUAUUAAAUGGCUUUUAUGAAGAUUGAUUCAUUUAGUGUUGUACAUGUAUAUCAUAUAUUUUUGCCAUUUCUUUUCUCAUAUAAAUCGGUUUUAAACCUUAUCAAAUAUUCAUAAUCAUUCUGACUUAGUUACUUUUUGAUUGAAUAUAAAAGUUAUUAAAAUCAUAUUAAAUAUCUAAUUUAAUUAUAUAUAUAUGUAGUAAUUGGUUUAUUUCUGAGAUGUAUUUUGUAUAUUUAGACAUGGUGUAUGUGUAAAUAAUAGAUUGAUCAGUUUAUUAUUAAAAUGCAAUUUAAGGUACUUUUAAAGGAAAGUUAUGAAUGUGUUAUUCUAACCUUUUGGUAAAUAGCAUUUUGAUCAAGUUGCUCAUGUGCUUUCUUUGAUUGAACUUGAAUGUAGGCAGACAUAGUGUAAGAUAGUUAUUUCAUACUGUGUUAUCUGGAAACCAUAUCAAAUAAAAUUUUAAUAACCCAUUCAUAUCUUUCAAACUAAGCAUAUGUAUUUGUUAUUAAGAUGUAUGAUACAGAACCAUAAGUUGAAAUUUUAUGCAAUGUGAAAUUUGGCUUUAAAAAGUUACAUACAUAAAAUUUCAAUGAUUUUUAAUGAUUUAAGAAUUAGCAUUAACUUGAAUAGUGUGAGAAUGCAGAAAAUCCUUCACAAAUUACUCUUGAGAUUCCAGUGAAAUAGUGGUAUGAAAUAAAGCCAUAGAAAAUUUGUAUAUGUUUCUCAAGUCUUACACUGAAACUGUGAUGAAUAUAUUUAUAAAUUUUUUUUGUCUACAUUAUGAGAGAAUAUUUUAUAAUUUUUUACUGCCAUAUCUAAAUGAUGUUCUUCCAUUCUGUAUUGUUGAAUACAUUUUAGGAAAAUUGUAUUGGUUACAUAUUGAUGCUUUAGUGCUAUUGUUAUUAUUAUUAUUAUUUUAAGAUCACUAAGAGAAAGUUUUUUAUUAUGUUAAAUUAUUUCAUGUGCAUUCAUUUCUGAAGUUAUUUUAACUUUUGGGGAAACUUAAUGUUUAAAUCUUUCCCUCUUAAAAUGGUGAGCCACUUCAAAUCAACUUCGCCCUUUAAUAGAUAAGAAUAAUAUCCUUUAAUAGAUAAGAUAAAAAUGUUAGUUCAUUAUUGUCUGAGUGGCACAAUUCUUUGGAUCUGCUUAUGAGGAACUGCAUUUAAACAGCAUUUGUUUACUAAAUUCAUAUAAUUAAUUAUUUUAUACUCUGUUUUCAUAAACUAGUAUUCAUUUAGAUCAUUAAAGAAAAUAAGAAAACAAAAUCUUUUAAAUAAGGUAGUAUACUUCCAAUGAGGGGGGGGGGACUGUUGACUGGAUAAAAGCAAUCAUGUCACUCAGAGGAUUAAACUCAGAUUUGUAUCAGUGUUAGUUAAAAUUGUAUACCAGUUUAUUAUUAUAAAAAUAAUGCAAAAAUUGUUUUGUGGCAUUUGAUUUAUGUGUUUUUGACUGUCAUAUGAACGGAAAUAUCUUUUUAAAAUAAUUAAUUAGCUGACAUAUAGUUACUGCUA